CACACACACACACACACACACACACACACACUGCACCUCCGGCCAGUGGGAUGAGACCCGCGUCAGACUAGGAUGCAAAUUUAAGUUAAGAACUUGUUUCCUCCUUCUCCUGCUGGUAUUAUUAUUUUUUGUUUAUUUUUGGAGGUGGAGACCUGUUCGGACGAGCGCGUUUACACUCUCCAGGAGCGCGCAGUGUGGCACACGCUGGAACAAACAACAGCUCAGUGCAGCGAGUGCAGCGCAGGCAGGUUUGCGUUUUAAAAGCGGCAGGAGAGGCAGGAGAGUUACGGAGUCCGCGUGGGAGCGGUGUCGGUGCAUGAGGAAGACGGACACCGGGAUAUUGAGAAGAACAAAAAAUCAACGGCGGAACUUGGAUAUGGCGGGUGUGAAGAUGUUCGACCUUCUCGUUGGAGUUGUUUUAGUUUUGCAGUGUGUGGGGGGUUCCCGAGCCGAGAUCACAACCAGCAGCGGGGCCUCUUACUCAUACGUGCAGGGACAGGCAGGAGAUGAGGACACAGCAGUGGACGUGAAGCUGUACAGUCACCGGUGGAGGAGAUGGCUUCCCCCAAAACCUCGUAACAUGGACAGCAACAGGGCAAGUCAAGAGCAGGACCAGGAUCCUGAGCAGGAGGAGCCUGAGGGCUUUCCAGGCCUGCUGUCUGCAGAGGAAACAGACAACAGCUCCCAGAUAGAGGAGGAUACAGAUCACAACUACUACACAUCAAAAACAUACAACCCAUCAGAUCUGAUGAGCAAGGACUUGUGGGUAGAUAUUGACCAGAUGGACAAGGACAAAGUGAAGAUCCAUGGGAUUCUUUCCAACACACACAGACAAGCAGCGAGAGUUAAUCUGUCCUUCGAUUUCCCUUUUUAUGGACAUUUCCUGCGUGAAAUCACCGUGGCGACUGGUGGGUUCAUCUACACGGGAGACGUGGUCCACCGGAUGCUAACAGCUACACAGUACAUAGCUCCUCUAAUGGCAAACUUUGACCCCAGUGUCUCCAGAAACUCUACUGUCAUCUACUUUGACAACGGUACUGCUCUGGUGGUGCAAUGGGACCAUGUCCACCUACAGGACAACUACAAUCUGGGAAGCUUCACUUUCCAGGCAACACUGCACAACACCGGCAGGAUUGUUUUUGCAUACAAAGAGAUCCCCAUUGAGGUGUCACAGAUCAGCUCUGUCAAUCACCCGGUGAAGGUGGGCCUGUCUGAUGCCUUUGUGGUGGUCCACAAGAUCCAACAGAUACCCAACGUUAGGCGGAGGACGAUCUACGAGUACCACCGCGUGGAGCUGACGAAGACGAAGAUCACCAAUUCUACAGCCGUGGAAAUGAUGCCUUUACCAACCUGUCUGCAGUUCACCAGCUGUAGCACGUGCAUCUCCUCACAAAUCAACUUCAACUGCAGCUGGUGCCAUCGGCUCAACAGAUGUUCCAGUGGCUUUGAUCGCCAUCGGCAGGACUGGGUGGACAACAGCUGCCCAGAUGAGACCAAGGACAAGAUGUGUGACAUGAUCGACACCACGUAUGGGUACCCCUUUACCACCGCCAUUGCCCCAAAAACAACAUCCAGGAGCAAAGAGGCCACUGCCAGGGACACAACCGCCUCCUCCCACCCUCCCACCAGCAUCCCAACUGAAGAUGAUACCAAGAUUGCACUGCAUCUCAGAGACAACCAGGUGCUGCCUGCAGACAGUGCUGUAGACAGGAAGCCAGGUACACACCCUUUGCACACUGGUCUGAUCCUGGGCAUCCUCCUUGUGAUGCUCGUCAUGGUGGGCGGCGUGCUGGUCACCGUGUACAUCUACCAUCACCCGACCUCUGCAGCCAGCCUCUUCCUCAUCGAGAGACGCCCCAGCAGGUGGCCAGCCAUGAAGUUUCGCCGAGGGUCAGGUCACCCAGCCUACGCAGAGGUGGAGCCAGCGGGCCAGGAGAAGGAGGGCUUCAUCGAGUCCGAGCAGUGCUGAGGGGGGAGGGGGUGUCUGCAUCCCUGUGGCCCCCCUCCUGUGACGGGCCUCCUCCCUCCUGCUCCGCAGGGACUUCUCACCAGGAACCCUCCUGGAUCUGCUUAUCAGUGUACACAAUGACUCGUUAAGACUGCAGCAUUGGCCGGUUGAGCGCUAGAUGAGACUGGAUACAGCAGCCGACAAUAUGAGCAAAUAAGAAAGCCCUUCAAACUGAUCUCAGACAAACCCAUUGUUGGCGAAAACUGCCCUACUGGGGACAGAGGGAGGGACCAGCAUUGAUGUCAUCGACUCAGUCAGCAUUGGUUAUGUUUUGCCAUGGAAGGAUUGAACAGCCUAACUGCCUAGACAGGAUACUGGUGUGGUUUAGGGGGGAGCAGGGUGAAUUACACAAUAUAUAUUUUCAGAAACAAUACAGAGUAUGUGAACAGAGAUUUCCACUUUAUUGUUGGUGGGGUUAUACUGUAUAGGCCUUGGUAUAUCCAUCAGGUUUUUACUUAGUUUCCUUUUUCUUUCAGUGUGUUGUUUUCCCAGGGGUUGGCACAUUUAGUAUCUGUACAGACCGUCGGUAUUGCUUUUCAAUACCAUAGCAGGCUUAAUUGACUUUUCCACUGCCUGCUCUACACAGAGAGGCUGCAGCUGUGUGAUAUGACGUGAACUGCCUGUCACUGCAAUUGAUUGCAGCUUGGAGAAAAGCUCAAAAUUUCAGCAGCGCUGUUAAAUUUGUUUGUGAUGUUUGACAGGUUUACUUUUCUAAAAAAAUUAAGUGUAAGAUGUUUUUUGUUCACUGAGAAUAUCUGGGUUUUUUCAAUGGGUGAUGGGCACAUGUUAUCUUUCUUAAUCAUUUGAUUGGUUCUUUGAAUGAUUCCUCACUGUAUGGAUAUCCUUUUAUGUAUUUUCUUUUGUUUUAUUUCCACAGUUUUUUCAUUACUGCUGUGCCAUUGUGUCCCCAACUAGAGUUUGCACAAUUUUUUCUCAUUUGACAUGUGGUACUAAUGCAAAAUUACAAGACAGGCGCUUGUGUGUGUGU